AUGCUGCAAUGCCCGAAGGAAGCAUUUGUUAGGCUUUUCUACAACGUCUCGUCCUCUUUCUUGCUCCUCUUCUUCUUCUUCCAUUUCACGCUCAUUUUCCUUGCCAAGCUAUUCAUCUUCUUCGGAGGCAGUCCAUUUUACCACAGGAAUCAAGAUAGCUAUGAGUUUGAUGCGUUUUCUGAUGAGGAAAUGGAAGAAGAAAUCAAAUAUUAUGGGCCCGAGCCGUUUAUGGACGGCAUAAUUUAUGAAGACGAUCAAAAGGACCAGUUCGAGCCGUCACCGAUUAUUGAAGAUUUGCCGCAAGGAAGUCUUUCGGAUUAUAGUUGUGAAGAAAGCAGUCGGUACAGCACGCCAGCUGUAGAUUCUGGUAUAGAAGAUGAAGUUGUUGUGGAGGAGAUUCUUUCUGGAGAUUCUACAGAUUCUGAAGAAUAUGAAGAUGGGCCCACAUCAACCUCUGCUAACAACCUAAGGACAAAUACCAGUUUGGGUUCUAAUAAUUAUGUCACUCAUGAAGAUAAGCAGCAGUGCAAAACCGACAUCCGCUUCAGGCAAGAUGAGUGUUCUACGGUGUUUCAACAGCCUAUGUCACGAGGCAAGGAGCUAUUACUACCUCAAGAUAAAAAAGAAGAGAACGAGAUAUUUGAGGACACUUUCACCUUAGGCUCCACGUCUAGGGACUCGUCCGAGUGGAGAAGCUCCAUGAACGAUGACCCUUUUUCGUCCUCAUCCAGAAGAAGCUGUCCCAAGUGGGAGUCCUACACUCUUUUCCAAAAAUAUGAUGAAGAAAUGCUGUUUCUGGACAGGAUUACUGUCCAGAAACUCCAAGAAAUAGAAGCUUUGAGAUCCAUAAAGGCUGGCCCGAAGUCCAUAUCGAAAAGAAUCGCGCACAAGUUGAAGAGGGCAGGGGGCCGGAAUUUGGAGGGCCCGUACCGCGAGCUGGAGUUGGCUUAUGUGGCGAGAAUAUGCUCGACAUGGGAGACUCUAGGGUGGAGCUACAAGUACUUCCAGAGGCUCCGAGCCUCACGCCGGGAGUUUGACCCGGGCUGCCCGGCCUAUGUUGCCCAGCAGUUUCAACAGUUUCAAGUUCUGCUGCAAAGGUAUGUCGAGACCGAGCCUUACGAGCACGGGCCAAGGCCGGAGAUCUGUGCCCAGAUGAGGAGCCGGGCACCAAAACUGCUUCAGAAAAAGGCUAAGGUGAAGGAGGUGUGUCAGUCGGGAAAGUGCUUUGGGGGAAGAAGGAAGCUGACGGAAGAGGCAGAGCUUGAAGUUGUUAUGGCCCUUAUCGACCUCAAAGUGGUGUCGAGAGUGCUUAGAAUGGUGGAUUUGAGCCGCGAACAGUUCCGGUGGUGUGAAAACAAGAUGAGCAGAAUUCGAGUCUCGAACGGUAAACUGCACAGAGAUUCCUCUCCACUUUUUUUCCCAGCUAGCUAG